AUGCGCGGCGGGGGCGGCGGUGGACCACAAGGAGCGGCGAUGCGCGGCGGGAGCGGCGGUGGACUGCGGAACCCGUGCCUGACGAUGCACCAACCGUGGGCGUCGCUGCUGGUGCACGGCAUCAAGCGCGUGGAGGGCCGCUCCUGGCCGUCGCCGGUCACAGGCCGCUUAUGGAUCCACGUCGCAUCCAAGGUGCCCGACCCCGACACCGUCGCCGCCAUGGAGGACUUUUACCGGGAGAUCUACGCCGUCGACGACGUCCACCACAUCGACUUCCCCCGCCACUACCCCGUAUCCCGCCUCCUCGGUCCGUGCGUCAACGUGGUCGGCUGCGUCAGGUCCAAGGAGCUCGUCUGCUGGGAGGACGUGCCUCAAUCAGUAAGACAGCUUGAAGGCUUGACUGACUUCUGCUGGCUGUGCGAGAAUCCGCAGAAGCUGGUGGUUCCCUUUGAGAUGCGCGGUUACCAGGGUGUGUACAAUUUGGAGAGAAGGGUCUACGAGGGAGAAGCCAGGGGCCUUUCGCCUGUUCAAGGUCCACUGCCGGUCAAGUUCCCGCUUCCAGAUCCCAGAAACCCCUUGUCUCUCAAGCCGGGAUCUCUCAAUUUUGACUCUUCAAAGUCCGCCCUGGUCAAGACUAAGAGUGUUUCUGCAGCGAUAGCCGGGGCUAGAGCUGCCGCGACUCAGUAUUCGAGGAAGGGUAGUAGUGCUGCCAGGAUCUCGUCGUAUGCAAGCCUUUGCUCAUGGUGA